AUGGCGACGAGUAUCAUUCCCGUGGCCAACGAGACCUUGAGCUCGUCCUCCAGGAUGACCAAGGAAGGCAAGAAGAUCACGUACCAGAUGUCAGUCAUACAGCAGCCAGAGCGCGCCAGAGCCUGUGGCUCUGGAGCUAAGUCUUCUGCGGAUCGCCGUCCCGUCGACCCGCCUCCGAUUGUUGAGCUGCGUAUCUUCGAGGGUGAGAACAGGCAGAACGACAUCACCUUUUCCUACAACGCGAACUUCUUCCUGUUCGCUACGCUCGAAAAUGCACGCUCCAUUGCCCAAGGACGCGUUCAGCCUAACCCUGCUAGCUUCCCCGUCUUGACUGGAACUCCCGUGGCCGGCAUGGCUUAUUUGGAUCGCCCGAAUCCCGCUGGUUACUUCAUUUUCCCGGAUCUGUCUGUUCGCCACGAAGGAAAGUAUCGUCUGAGCUUUGCCCUGUAUGAGGAAUUGAAGGAGCACAAGGAUAUGGACAGCGACGACCGCGGCGAAAACGUUCAGAAUGGCCGCGUUGAUGCCCACGUGUCCCACCGGCUGGAAGUCAAGUCGGCUCCUUUCAGCGUUUUCAGCGCUAAGAAGUUCCCUGGUCUUACCGAGAGCACUGCUCUGAGUCGUAUGGUUGCUGAGCAGGGAUGCCGCGUCCGCAUUCGCCGUGAUGUGCGCAUGAGGAGGCGCGACAACAAGGCCAAGGAGGAUUGGGAUGAGUACGAGGAAAAGACGGCUUACGAGCGGAACCGGACGGCUACCCCAGAUGUCUAUGGCCAAAAUGCUGUGCACACGCCCCAGCCCAUGACCGAUGGAAGCGACCGUCCGAGGUCGCAGAGCAAUGCCAGCAACGCGUCGUUUGCUCCGCCGCCUCGUCGUCCUUCGAUGCAAGAUAUGGCCAAUUCGUACCAGCAGGGCUACCAGAACCAGAUGCCGCCUCCGCAGGCUCCCCAGAAUGCGUACCCGUCGCAGAUGCAGUAUCCGGCUGCACCUGCUCCGCAAUACCAGAGCCAGUAUCCUCCUGCGCCGCAGCAGCCGGCCAUGCAUCCUCCUCAGGCCCCUUACAUGCAGUCUCAACACUCUUGGCAGCCGCAGGCCCAGCCCCAGAUGCCGAUGGCCCAGCCCUACGGUUACAGUUCGAACCAGCAGUACGGACACUACGAGCAGCCGGCUCCUGUCCGACACGACAGCUUGGAUUACAGCAGCGCUGGCUCGGAAUACCGCCGUCCGUCUUUGGCUGGCCCGCAGCAAACGCCCAACCAAAUGGGCGCGCCUUUCGGAACCUUGGACUCGGGAUACAACCGGCACCAAAGCCAGAUGAACCCGCCUCCUGCGCAACCCAUGCCCAGCUCCCAGGCUCCCCACCCGAAUGGAUCUCAGGCUCCUGCCAGCUCGCACUCGAUGAAUGGUUACAGUCUUGCGCCUCUCAAGACACUCCAGCCUCCUACUGACAAGCUUGAGCCGGUUUCUCCUUCGUACCCAAUGUCUGCUGGAAUCCCCAUGUCUGGCCCAGUGGGAGCGCCCAAUGAGCCAUUGGCAUCGCGUGGCUACGCUAGCAAGCCUUACAGCAGCCACAGCGACUCGAGCAGCCAGACGCUGGCUGGCUCGACCAAGCGCUCGUUUUCGGCUACGUUCGACACGAACCACAUUGAGCAACCGCUGCGCGGCGGGGCCCGCCCCAACGUGAACCUGCCGGUGGAUGACAAUGGCUUGAGUGCUCUCGACGCGUCGACGGACGAGGAGAUUCUCGACGAGCGUGCAAUGAGCUACCGCCGCGCGGACGGCACGCACCGGAGCAGGCGUGUGCCCCUGUCGAACUAA